AGACAAUCUUGUAAACCCUUUCUAUCAAUAGUUUAAACAAUGCAAAAUAACACUAACAGCAGAAUCGUGAAAUAUGGAUUGCUGGUCUGCUGAAAAUGCUAUCAAUGCUUUUCUCAAAACUCUAAAAAUGGAUUUUCAAGAAGUAUUUGAAGCAGCACAACAAGGUGGUAGUGUUAAAGGUGCAUUUAUUGUAGGGUACAACGCCCUACAUGAAGGACCUAGGUUAAAUUUUGAUCACAAGGGUUACUUUCUACCCAUUGGAGAAGGGUUACUAGUUAGUAAAAUUAGUGUUUCAGAAGGUAAUAGGAUUGUUAGUGGAAGGAGGAGCCAUUGGAUUGUUGAGGUUGAUGAAUGCACUAGGGAAGAACAUAUUUAUAGGGUCGAUACUUCUCCAAAUACAAAUUAAAGCACUAGACCUUUUAAGGUUUAUGUGGAUUUUGGCGAUGUGGUGUCCGAGCCAGGUUUCGCUCUUCAACGUUCCCACAAGAUAUUUGUUAUCUCCGAGCAGCACAAGCAUCGAAUUAUUAUGUGUGUCCAUCAAGACUUAAGCAGAUGAGUAUCGCAAGAAUCAUACAUCCUUCAACUAUUUCUGCAUCUAGUGGAAUUUGUACGGGUGCAUCCACUUUAUUGACUAUUACAUCAAACCUCGGAUGCAUCAGUAAAUCCAGUGACUACUAACAACUGUUGUAAAUAUAAUCCAAUUGCCAAAUGCCAAUUUGCCAUAGUUUUCUAUCCUUUAUAAUUAUUAAGAGGAGGUUUGAAAAUUGA